GCUCCUCGAAGUGGCCCCGCGGCACCGCGGGUGCUGGCGGCCGCCGCCAUCUUCCUCUCCUCCGGCUCCUCCUCGCUCGGCGGGGGGGUGGGGGCACUGUCCAGGUUACUAUGGAUACCAUGGUGAAGAAGACAUGGUCCCUGUCUUGGAGAAACCCACUUUCUGGUAGAGAUAGAAGAGAGCAGAGAAGUGAUAAGAAUGCUGUAUGGUGGGUGCAGUAAUUAAGACCUAUCGAGACACAAAAAAAGAGGCGACCCCCGGACCAGCGCGAGGGACCCACCCGCACGAUGACCGAGACCACCAAGACCCACGUAAUCUUGCUUGCCUGCGGCAGCUUCAAUCCCAUCACCAAAGGGCACAUUCAGAUGUUCGAAAGAGCCAGGGAUUAUCUGCACAAAACUGGAAGGUUUAUUGUGAUUGGUGGGAUUGUCUCUCCUGUCCACGACUCCUACGGAAAACAGGGCCUUGUGUCGAGCCGGCACCGCCUCAUCAUGUGUCAGCUGGCCGUGCAGAACUCCGACUGGAUCAGGGUGGACCCGUGGGAGUGCUAUCAGGACACCUGGCAGACCACGUGCAGCGUGCUGGAGCACCAUCGGGACCUCAUGAAGCGGGUGACUGGCUGUAUCCUCUCCAACGUUAACACACCUUCCAUGACGCCAGUGAUCGGACAGCCCCAAAAUGAGACGCCCCAGCCCAUUUACCAGAACAGCAACGUGUCCAGCAAACCCACUGCAGCCAAGAUCUUGGGGAAGGUGGGAGAAAGUCUAAGCCGGAUCUGCUGUGUCCGCCCACCAGUGGAGCGCUUCACCUUUGUGGAUGAGAAUGCCAAUCUGGGCACGGUGAUGCGGUACGAAGAGAUCGAGCUGCGGAUCUUGCUGCUGUGUGGCAGUGACCUGCUGGAAUCCUUCUGCAUCCCGGGGCUCUGGAACGAGGCGGAUAUGGAGGUGAUCGUCGGGGACUUCGGGAUCGUGGUGGUGCCCCGGGACGCAGCGGACACAGACCGAAUCAUGAAUCACUCCUCAAUACUCCGCAAAUACAAAAACAACAUUAUGGUGGUGAAGGAUGACAUCAACCAUCCCAUGUCUGUCGUCAGCUCAACCAAGAGCAGGCUGGCCCUGCAGCACGGGGACGGCCACGUGGUGGAUUACCUGUCCCAGCCGGUCAUCGACUACAUUCUCAAGAGCCAGCUGUACAUCAACACCUCGGGCUAGCAGCCCCCCGGCGCUCCGCUCCACUCUCCCCUCGUCCUCCGGCAACACACUGGCCCCUCCAGUCUCUGUCAGUCCCCCCGUUCUUCUCCUGCCUCUCUGUUUCUCCAUCUCCUCAUCUUGACUGUUCCCCCCACUUGCUGACUCAACCCUCCAGAGUGUGGGGGACCUGCAGUGAACCACCGCACACCCUACUCAGCAGUCAUCUUUGGACAGACUCUCCUCUCGUCUCCGGGUUGGGGGUGGGUGAGGGAAUGGGGGGGUAGUGGGGGGUAGUGCAGUCCCUGGAGACGUGCUGGUGUCUGUCUCCCAGCAUGCUCUAGAGAGCGGCUCCGGUGCCCGUCCUCCCAGCAUGCUCUGGGGAGGCGGCUCUGGCUCUCGCCUUCCCAGCAUGCCCUUUACCACGAAGGGCUAUUUUGUUCUUUCUUUUCUUUCUUUUCCUUUCUUCUCUUGUUUUUUGUUUUGUUUUGUUGUUCUUGUUGUUGUUGUUCACUCCUCAUAGAAUUUGGAUGAAAUCCGUGUCCGUGGUUCUUUAUGUUUGUAGUCUUGAUGCCUUCCUGUGGUGGUAACUUCCCUUUGGAUGGGACACCAUAGCCAGCCUCAGCGUGAGAGCCGCACCCAGUAAAGAAGGCCAAGCCACCUCCACCUUCCCGACACCCUCCACUUGCCCACUCACGCCCCAUACACCCCCAUACACAACAGCUGCUGACUAGGCUCAGGACCGAGGCUUUCAGUUUCCAAAACCUGGGAGGCAGGUCUGGGAAUAGUAGGGUUUCUCAGAAGAAUUUGUGUCCAUUUCCUUAGUUUCAGAAGACCAUUGUCCCGAUGCUCUGCUCCUGUGAUCACACAGAGCCAGUCCAUCCCUAUAUCCAGGUGGCAUCUGUCCGGUUCCUCCUUUGGGCUGUGACUGAUGGCAGAGUGGGUUCCCUGCCAGCCCAGCGUUCCCAAGAAUCCUUCAGGUCACCACUAAGCCCUUGGAGGUCCUACCUAGCCACGUUCCUGCCUCUGAGAAGAAUCACCUAUUCAAGGCCAAAUCCUACUAAUGCAGGCAUUUCAAAAAUAAAAUAUGCUAGGAAUUCACUCAACCCCAGAGAUCUUUGCUAAUUGGAAUUAUUUCUUGCCUGUUUGGCUGGGAAAAUUUUCUGUCAUGAUGCAAGUCCAGGAUGACCAAGGAGAGAGAGGCUUGUUGCCCUGAAGGGAAUUGAAGGUUCUCACCUUCUCUUCCUGCAGUGACCCAGGCGGUGCCCAAGGUCAGUUUCUUCUUGAGACGCAGUACCUCGGCCUUGUUUCUGGAGCUGGUCAUAUCUCCUGCAGAGCCCAGAACCACAGUCACUGCCUGAGGAAAUAUGUCUGACAGGGAAGUGGGUUCACAGCAGAGAUCAUGGGGGAGAGGGCAUUAAGAGCCACUAGAUGGUUUCAUCCUUUUUCUAAUUUCUUACCUUCCUCUGCUGCUCCUGCAAAACGUUCUGACAGACUGUUCUAGUUGUUCAGGUCUCGCUCAUGCCCUGUUUUGAGAGCCAAAAGGAAAUUAUCCUCUUGUGCUCUCUUUCAUCUAGUCCCUGGCUCUUGGGCUUUUGGUUGUCUUCAUGGAAUGAAGCAAUAGGAUGCUUUAAUCAAAAUCUAGUACCAGUUACGGCCCUGGAGGGGUGAGCUGAGACCUGACAUCAGGGACACCAUUCUUCAGUACCCAUUUCACGUCUGUGACAGUCUUCAUAGCCUCCAGGGAAAGGAACUGGAUGCAACAGAACAACAUGUUCAGGUAGCAUCCGGGAAGGUAUUAUUCCUGUUGGAUUUUGGAAAUAAUCUCCAGAGGAGGGAAUGAAGAACCUAUUCUUGGGUCUCAGUGUUUGGUUAAGGACCAUGGAAGCUAAAUG